GCCGCCGGCAUAGCCGCCCUUUGCCCCGCAGUCGAGGACGGUGGCUGGCAGGAGCGAGGAGGUGGUGAGCGGCCAUGGAGGACGGGGAGUCUGCUUCGCCGCCUGGUGCUGACGGUGGGGAGGAGGAGGAUGACUUCGGAUACCGGCUUUUCCCCGAUCGCAAGAAGGAGCCGCAGAGCUUCCUGGUUCGCAGCCUCUUCACCUUCCACAACAGGUGCCAGUUGAUGCUGAGGAUGACUCUGGAGACGAAUCCGUAUGCUCAACUGCUUAUUGCGGCCAUGAAGCAGUCUGGCUGCACUGUUUUCAACGAUCGGCACUUUUCUUGUGAAAACUGCGAUGGCUGUGUCAGCGGAGGUUUUGAUUCUGCCACUUCUCAGAUUGUUCUGUGUCAGAACAACAUUCGCCACCAGUCCCAUAUGAACCGAGUGGUUGCGCAUGAAUUGAUACAUGCUUUUGAUCAUUGCCGUGCUCAUGUUGACUGGUUCAAAAAUGUCAAACAUUUGGCCUGCUCAGAGAUUCGAGCUGCUAAUCUCAGUGGAGACUGUACACUGAUGAAUGAAAUAGCUAGGUUUAAAUUUGGACUGAAAGGACAUCAUCAGACCUGUGUGCGAGACAGAGCAAUUCGCUCCAUUCUGGCUGUAAGAAAAGUUAGCAGAGAGACUGCAGAAAAAGCUGUGGAUGAGGUUUUUGAUGCCUGCUUCAAUGAUCUGGAACCAUUUGGGAGAAUCCCGCACAGUAAAACAGAUGCAAAACGUGCUUAUAAAGACUUCCUGAAUCGAGAUCGCUACACUGCUAAUUUGUAAAGGAAAAACGUGAAAAACUAUGUUAAUAACUGGCAGUUCUGUAACAUCUGGAGUUACAGUCUACACACACAGUGCUGGUGGAAAGGGGCAGUUCUUUUGAAUGUAUCAAUUCAUUUUGUAAUUUUUUUCCAGGAGCCAUCUCCUGUUGAGGUAAACGAAGUAAAUGAACUAGACUAAAAAUACUGUCUUUCCUCACUUGUUCAGGCAAGGUCAUUUAGUAUAUCAAAUUACUUGGCAAAUAAUGAACUGCGUAUUUCAGUGCACAUUUAAUUCAGUUAUUGAAUAAAUUGUUUCAUAAAAGUUUUCCAACAUCUUUGAUACAUAGUCAUAAAUUUGAUUAUGGUUAUCAUCCUGUUUGAAAAAUUGGGUAUGUAACUACAGCUCUAUAUGUCUAUUUAACAGCUGAAGCUAAAUCCAAAAUGAUCCGCUGUGUAUAUCUCAGUCAGUCUUUGAGCAUCUCUGAAAUCACUGGAAUUCCACCUUGUCUGAUGUCAGUUGUAACAUACAACCCUUUUACAUAUUAGAAAUUUGAAAACAGUCAAAUUACCAGGCUUACCAGAUCAAACCUACAACCUGGAUAAGCAUUAUUAAAAGAGUCUCCACCAACCAUUCUUACACAAAAAGUUUGUGUGACUUCCUACUCUAAGGCAGGUAAACUGAUUUCUUCAUCUGAGAAAGGCAGAAGCUCCUAACUUCACCUUAAAUCUUAGAGAAGUUGUCUCAUUCUGCUUUUAUUUCCAAAUGCAGGGUAUUAUAUUAAUUGUCUUGCACCCUAGAAAGCCACAUUUUCUUCUUUUUCUUGAAAUAAGAAAUAAGAGUCUACCACAAGUACAGUACAGUUCACUGAAAGAAUGGAGAUGUGGCUCCUCAGUCGAAGGGCUUGCUGGUAUAGGUGCUAGAAGUUACUGGGUCAAGACUGAAGUGUCAUACUUAGGGACCUAAAGCAUCAAACAGUCUUCUGAUUAUUAUUCUUUCAUACUGAUUGCCAAAUAUCUUAGGCCUUCAACUUGAAGUGAGUGGAUUUGUUUAUUUAUUUAUUUAUUUAUACUGGUAGUAUUAGUUCUCCUCAACAGAAUUGCUGAGAUUGGAAAACUGAUGGAGGCUAUCUUCAACCACACUGUGUAGAGCAGGGUAAACUAGGUCAGGUUUUUCAGGAGCAAGAUUAGUUGGGUUUGUAUGUGUGUAUGGAUGGAGACUUAGAGUAAUCUUUUCCAGUAUUUAAUAGUGCUUGUAGGUACGUAGAUGUGUAUUGAAUAUUUAAAUGGAAUUACCAUUAUUUCAGUUUUUGCUCAUUUCCUCUCAUCCUUGGGCACCAUUGAGAAGACUGGCUCAGUCUUUAUUUCCACCCUUAGAAUCAUAAAAUGAGCCUAUUAACUACAUAUUUAGAAACUUAGAUAGUUCUUCCUCUGCUGUGGAUAAGUGUGUUUUUGUUUCUCACUGAUCUUAGAGACCUAGGAUUUCUGAAAGCUCGUCCUACUAGUAAAUAUUGAGUCAAUGAAGUCAUUUAGUCUUUUUCAUGUCCUUUGUCACCAAGUCCACUACAUCGUUCAGCACUGGGCUCACAUUUUUCUUAGUCUUCCCUUUUUAGCUGAUAUUCCUGUAUCCUGUGUUGUUGCUUUCUAUGUUCCUUGCCAAGUUCAACUUCUUAUCUAUCUAUCUAUCUAUCUAUCUAUCUAUCUAUCUAUCUAUCUAUCUAUCUAUAUUUAUUUUCUGGUCUUUCUAAUGCCACCCCUGUGUGCUCAGACAGCAUUUCUGUAAGUCUUCCUGAAUCACUCAACUCUGCUUCCACCUACUGUGCUUCCUUUUCACACUUGAGUUUUGUCACAACCUCCUUAUUCAUCCAAGCAGGUCUGCUAUCUUUUCUUAACUUGCAUAUAGAGAUUGAUCAUUUUUUAAUUUUGAGGAUGCAAUCCUUAUAAGUCAUCUAGCUCUCAUGGGCCCAUCUUCAGGACAUUGUUUCUUUUAGGUCUGAAUAGAUCCCUUAUGAGGCUGAAAUCUAUUGUCUUGAAGGCUUUAAACUGAAAGAGGCGAAAAUGAUUUUAGCUGUUAGGAAAAGAUUCUUUACUCAGAGUGGUGAGUCACUGGAACAGGUGGCUCAGAAAAGUUGUGGAUACCCUGUCUCUGGAGUGCUUAAGACCAGGUUGGACAGGGCUGUGGGCAGCCUGAUUUAGUUGGUGGCAAUUGCCCAUGGCAGAGGGGUAUAAACUAGAUUGUCUUUGAGGUGCCUUUUAACCCAGGCCAUUCUAUAAGUUUGAGAGUUUUAGCCAUGCUUUUUUGCUUUGUUCCUAUCAUAUAAAGGAUAACUUCUCUGUCUCAGCCUGUUCUUCUCAAGGAGCCUAUCAGCACUCCUGUUGCAUGAGCUAUUCCACUACAUCUCUGUGACCCUAAUACAAUCAUUGCACUGCAACUACAUUCAGAUAUCUAAUUCCUCAUCUUUUAGCUUCAUUCUUCAUAAGUGUGCUUUGUAUAUACAGGACUGCUAAAAAGUCCCUGGCAUCUUAAAGUUAUGGAGUGGUACAGAUAGAUUACUGUUGUAUUCUCCAAAUUAUUCCUUUAUUCAUCUAAGCACCUAACAAGAUACUUCUCUACAGGUACUAAUUUAGUUUUAAAAGCUGAUUUCAGAUCAGUCUUUUUGUGCAGUGGCUAGAUGUGAAUCAACAAAGGAACAGUAUGGGAUAAAGUUCAAAGUCUUUUCAUCUGUAUUUCAAAUAUUCAGCCCCUAAUGUGAAAGUAACCAGGGUAAUAAUCAAACAGACACCUGUAAAUAACAUAAUUCAAUUCAAUGUAAAUAGCAUAAUUCAAUUCCUUGAACUGAAUGAUGUUGACGCUUCUGAGGAGAGAGUUGCCAUUCAGGGGGACAACCUUAAUGAGCCUGGGAGGUGGGCUCAUCUGAACUUCAUGCAGUUCAACAAAGCCAAAUGCAAGACCCUGCACCUGGGUUACAGGAAUCCCAAGCACAAGUGUGGGCUGGAAAGUACCUGGAACUUGGGCUCUUAGCACAAGAAUUUUCCAGUUGUGUUUUUUUCAUGGUGAGUUCAGUCCAGCAAAACAAAACUAACUAAUCAAACAACUCUCUGUCAUACUACCUGUUGAAUUAAAGCUAUCGAGAAAUAGCAGUAGAAUGCCACCUGCUUCCUGGCUGUGCUUAGGCAACAUGCAAGGUCAUACACAUUUGAAGUUCACUCUCUUCACCCACUCUCAAGAGAAUGUCUCUAUUACGGGGUCAAAAUGUUGUGGUUCUGCUCAUGCUUUCCUUGGCUAUGUGCAUUUUGCUUGCUUUCGUUCUCUCUCAAGGUUUGGAAAGAAACAGAAAAACUGGAUGAGAGUGGAAGUAAUGACUAUAAAUAUAUUAUCACAGAGAAUUUAAGUCAUGUUAUAAGGUAGAAUGGUUAUGAAAUGGCCAACAUUAUUUUAAUUAGAAAAUUAGAAAAUGAAGAUUAAAGGUAUUCUAAAUAAAGUAGAGGACAAGGAAUGUAUAUUUUUUAUAUAGGAAUGAAAAAUACAGGGAAAGACUUGAGCACAGAAUGAGAAAUGUUAAGCGUUUGAGUAAGGAAUCCUUGAGGCUAAGGUAAAAUCAGAUUGUUGUGCAUUCGUAUUUAUUUAUUUAUUCUGGUACAAUGUAAGGGAAUUGAUAUAUCACAGCCUGAACUGAUGAUUGAGGGCCUGGUAAAGAGGGUGGCUGGCCCAGGAAGCACAGGUGCAAGCAAUUUACCUGUACUUCCCACGUGACUGGAAGGGAUGAACAUGAAUCUGCCCCUCCCUGGGCUCAUUUAAGGGCUAGCCUCUGAAGAGACACUGUCAUCUGCAUGGAGGCUACUUUCUGAGAAGGAGUGUUUGAGACCUAGGGAGCCUAUCUCCAGUUAGAUGAGUCAACUUUUUCCCUAUAUGUGAUUACUGAUGUUCCUAAUGACACUUUGCCUGAUAUCACAACUAACUUAGCAGACAAAAUUUCACUGAUUCCAAGUACCAACAUACAGUAAUCCUAUGUUUUAAGAUUGCAUUUGAUUAUUUGUGAAUUUUUUUUUUUGCCUAUGUUUUUCUUCUUCAAAUCCCAAAUAGGUUGCUCUGAAAGUAAAGCCUCCUACUUAUUUCCCCAGAAAGCAAUAAGCCACAAUAACACUAUACAAAAGAGCAAAUUAUUGUUUACAAAACACUGGUUUUCAGUAUAGCCGCCGCCAUUACCUAUGCAUUUUUGCCAGCAAUGAACAAGAGCCUGAAAGUUGCGGCUGUAAAAAUCUGCACCAGUGGAGGUGACCUGCUGUCACAGCUGCUGAAAUGCACUGCCUCACUGUGCUUGCAUCCAUUAUUUGAUCUUUAUAAAUGUUCAGCAAAUGUUGACGAAUGUCAAUGGUGCAAUUUUCUCUGCAUGAAGGAAUUCAAUGACACACCUUUGCUUCUAUGUCAGAUGCUAUUUUGCCAGACUGCCCUUUUGUCUCGUGGCAACAAAAUGUAAUGAAAUAUCAGCAGGAAGCUUUAGUCUUUACUUCCAUACCAUCAACAUCCGAUCCUGAUGUCAUGGACCAACAUCAUCAAAUAGGAGGCAUUACUUUUGGAGCAGCCCUCAUAUAUAACUUUUAUUUCCAGUUUUUCUAUGUCUUCCCCUGCAGCACUAGGGAGGCUGCAGUAAUUCUUUUACCCAUAUUAAUAAGUAAGUGAUUUAGAAUGAAAUGAUGAGUUUUAGAUCUUAAACCCAAGUGGCACUAAAAGGGUAUUUUACUCGCGUGGUCACAAUUAAACUAAUCACCAAACCUGUUAUCAGGAAGGAACUUUCUCCCAAUUAAUUUAGUAGGGAUGACUCUCUUUCCUUAUUCUGUAGUAUGGAGAUUGAAGCAAUACUCUGAAGGCUGAAAAAAGGAGGUAUUAGUCACUGUAGCAGUUGCGCUGAAGGAAUGAUAAGCUGGGCAUUGUGUGCAUAGGGACACAGUUCAAUGCCAGACUAGGAGCAAGACUGUUUACAAUCCAUUAGAAGCCCAGCUAGAGUCUACACCAGACACCCAUGACACUCAGCGUAGGAGAUACCACAUAUAACAAUAUGUAGCAUCAACAGAACAUACAGUGCUGCUAAUGGCUGGCAUCUGCAUGCAUACUUACCAUUUCAGCAGAGCAGUAGUGCUUGAGAGUAGACCAUAAACAGUGUAGUACAAUAGAUAAAGACCUAAUUAAAUGCACAUGAUAGAGCUGUUGCUUGCUUUGGAUUUAAGCAGUUGAGCAGCUGGACACUGUUCUGUGCUUUUCGGUCACCAGUGCACAGCAUUAUGCUAUUAUUGCUGUUCUGAAUGAAGAUGCCUGGGUGGCCUGUCCAACACUUAACUGAUCUGUGAUGGUGGCAAAGCUGACUCAAGGGGAAGAAGAUUUCAUGUGCCUGACAGGCUUUCAGUCUAGAAGGGAAAUAUCCUCCCACUACCUCCAGAAUUCGGCAGCCUCAGAAGGGACUAUUUUCUGACUGCAGCUUUGGGCUUCUGCAGCCCACCUACUUAUUUUACACACCUUUGGAUCUAAAUGUAAUUCUAUAAUUUUUGCUGGUAAGGAUUCAAUCAUGUAAUUAGUCUCAAGCCCAUUGAACCCUAUCCUCACAGGCUUCCCAGAGAAGUAGUGAAUAAAUACCGCAUCCUCAGAGACAUUCAAGGUCAGGCUAGACAGGGUUCUGAGCAACCUGAUCUAGCUAUGCGUGUCCCUGUUUCCUUCAGAGGAGUUGGGCUAGAUGACAUCUAAGGGUCCUUUUGAAUUCUCAAGAUUCUAUAAUUCUAGGGUUCUCAUCUGUGUCUCAGUAGCAAGCUGCACGAAGAAGAUGAUAGCAAAGAUAGCCACUUCUACUGUGCCCUGGAAAGAGAGUGAUGUGUCACCACUUCCUGAACAGGAAAUGAAUACAUAGAAAAUAUUUGUGUGUAAGCACUGCCCUCACAAAGGAGAAAGCAGUAUAUCCAAACAGUGUCUGCAAUAUUUGAUCAAGCUUGAGUUGUCCAAGCUGUCUGUGGUGGAAUUUAGGUGGACUGCACAUAUUCCCAGGUGUAACACGAUACAUACCUGCAGGUAGCAUUACUUCUGGGGGUGACCAUUAAUACAUAUCCCUCAGAAAGUCACUUUGGUUGUGACUUUGGUUGGAGAAAGUAGCAUCUUGCCCAAGAUUCCAGAAACCUGUACUUUCAGUAGUUCUGCAGAAUUUCGCAUGAAGAUUUCAUAAUCUUAUUUUCUCAAGGUGAUUCUAUCAGGGGCUGACAUAAUUGCAUGGCUGAAUAUCCAAACAGGAAAAAAAAAAAAGGAAAAAAAAAAAAGAGGA